AAAGUUUAUGCUUUGCCCCUGCGGCAGUCGCAUCCGCUUUCAUCUACCAGAAACAUCGUAUACUCUGACUUGUCGCGGUUUCAGGUCCAUAUAAGGGCCUCAACGCCAAAAUGUCAGACCGUUAUUCAAGCACGGUCAAUGUCCGAAUGUGACUGUUUCACCAUUUUCCAUUUUUCGCGAUAGAUCAUUCUGGGACCAUUCCACCAAUUGGGGUUCCCCACUUUUUCCCCCAAAUUCCCCGUCCCCUUUUCUGCCAUUCUGGUGACAAUUCAGUUAUAUAAGCCCUUCGUGUGACAAGUAUCUACCUCUCCUGUGAUUCAAAUCUGUCACUCCCACUCAGACGGAUUCUUUCUUGCCGACUAUGGCAGACGAGCGCACCCGGGUCCUCUUCCUGGCAAACAGCGAACAUGGUCAAACAAACAUCAUCCUCGCCAUUACUCAUGAGCUUCUUGUUCAAGGCAAUGUUGAUGUUCAUGUUGGCUCAUUCCCUGUCCUUGAACGCCGGGUUGAGAAGCUGGUAGCUGACAAUGCUGCUGCAUACGACGAGGAUUUCCGAUCUCGCAUCCACUUUCACCCGGUGAGAGGCCCCUCGAACACCGAUGUCUUCAUCCGGACCGGAAAGAGGGGUGCGUUUCAUCCUCCCGGCUACCAUGGUGCCGUCUUAGGGUUCCAGUCCUUGUGUGAAGACAUCUGGGGCUGGACCGAGGACGAGUAUGUCGAUAUCUAUGAAAGCUGCGUCGAGAUCAUCAAGGAAGUGAAGCCAGAUGCGAUCGCAGUCGACUUUUUCUUCCUUCAGGGUCGAGAUGCUGCGUACAAUGCCGGCCACACGGCAAUCCUUAUCAACACAACGUCAAUCAGUCACAUCGUCCUGGGCAUGCAACCCAAUUCUGCGCCUCUUUGGAAGUAUCCUCUACCUGGCACUGGGUUCGCUUAUCCCAUCCCAUGGCAUACAGUCCCCCUCAAUGCCCUUGCCGUACUGAAGACGGCGAAGAUGUACCACGGCAGUGGCAGACGUCGUGAAAUCAGAGAAUGGCGAAUCAAGCAUAAGAUCCAUGGCAGAUUCCCUUUCGCAGAUGCAUGGCGGCCCGAUCGAUUUCACAUUUCACCGGGCUUGUUGGAGCUGGAUUGGCCAUUUAGUGUUAUGCCCGAUAACAUUCUGCCGUGUGGGCCAAUUCUGCUGCCGACUGCAUCGGUGCAGAAGCAGGACCCGGAGAUGGCGCGCUGGCUCGCGAAUGCUCCGACUAUUUUGGUCAAUCUAGGUACCUUGUAUGCUCCUGAUCCCAAGGUUGCGGAGGAGAUUGCUACUGGCCUGAAGAUGUUUCUCGAUGGCUGGAAGGGUGAGAAAGUCCAGAUUCUCUGGAAACUGCCCAAGCACCCGCACGAUGUAGACGACAUCUACGGUCGGUCGAUCGAGCCAUUGAAGCGGGAGAUGGAGGAGGAUUCAGUCCGCGUCCGCGCUUGGUUUGAGGUCGAGCCGAUGGCGAUGCUCGAGACGGGUGGGGUAGUCUGCUCUGUCCAUCACGGAGGUGCCAACUCGUGGUACGAGGCUAUUCAAAACGGUGUUCCUCAUGUUGUUCUUCCGGCCUGGCAAGACUGCUACGAGAACGCAGCUCGAGCGGAAUGGCUUGGGAUUGGCGUCUAUGGCAAUAAGAGCCGUGCGCCCAAUAUCAGCGCGAAGGAGUUGAGCAAGGCACUCUUGAAAGUCAUGAACAACAAGUCGUACAAAGAGAAGGCGGCCGAGCUUGCCAAACUCUGCCAUCGGAAGGAGGGACGAGUUGCAGCGGCGGAGAAAAUCCUGGAGAUUGCGCAGUCUCGUGACCAUGGCAAGCUCGCCAUGCGCUUACCGGAAAUGAAAACCAACUGUCCUCUGUACGAAGUCAAGAAUCGCCAGGGUAUGGUGCUUCAGACUGCCCAGAAGCCCACAACAGCAGGCAAGGGAGAUUCGAAACCUCUCCUCACGGAUGUUUACGAGACUCUCCUUAUGACUAUUCUGAGCAACACCUGGCUCUUCUUCCCGGUGCUGGGCUACUCUCUCCUACUCGUCCCUCGUCUUCGUCUUUUCGCCCUUCUUUAUAUCCUCUACAUCAAAUUCAUCUCCAAGGCCCACAGAACCGGCACUCUAUCACUGCGCAACGACCGAUUCCGUCACUCCUCCAUCUGGAAGACAACCUACGCCAAUUACUUCCCGCUCACCCUCUACCGUACCGUGCCUCUUCCGCCCCAGAGACGCUAUAUCUUCGGCUACCAUCCUCAUGGCAUUGCGCUCCGCGGCGCCAUCGGCGCCUUUGCCGCCGAGGCAGCCGACUUCUCCCAACUCUUCCCGGGGAUCACCAACACACUCCUCAUGAAGGACAGCUUCUAUACCACUCCUCUCCUUCGCGAAUACCUCUUGUCACUCGGCACCAGUGGCGUGUCGCGCUCCUCGUGUAUCCGACACCUGACACGCGGCGGCCACGACGACCGCGGGAUGGGUCGCGCCAUCACCAUCACCGUGGGCGGGAGUCGGGAGUACAACAUCGCGCAGCCCGGAACCAUGGGUGUGGUGGUGAAGAUCCGCAAGGGAUUUGUGCGGGUGGCGGUGCAAACCGGUGCCGAUCUCGUGCCUGUCAUCGCGUUCGGUGAAAACGAGCUCUUCGAUCGCGUGGAUGUGAACAGUUCAACUGGGCUGGGGCUGGUGGCGCGAGCGUGGGAGUUCGCGGUGGGUCAUCGCGUGGCAUUCUCGACCGGUCGGUUUGGACUCUUCUGUCCGCAUCGCAGACCCUUGAACGUCGUGGUCGGCAAGCCGAUCGAGGUAAAGCAGCAGCGGUGGGAGCCAGAUGAGGCGUAUAUCGAUGAGGUCCACGCUCAGUAUGUGGAGGAAUUGAGAAAGCUGUAUGAUGAUUGGAAGGAGACGUUUGCGCCGGACAAGGAUGUGAAGUUUGAGGUUGUGGAGUAA